ACAACUAGUGCGAUGCCAAUGUCCCGCACAGGGACAGUUACCUGUCAAGCUUAGCGGAAUGCCGAUGUAUGGAUAAUAAUGCGAGCCGUGGAGGACUAAUAGAAUAACGCUGGAUGUUAAGCCUAUGAAGUGAUCGAGUCGGUGCUUCCAGCUAACCGUUGACGUUUACUUGAGGACUUGAGAGUUUCUGGGCCAUCUGGUGUUUCCACAUGCUAAAACGAAAUGGCUUUCAUUCAUAACGGAAAGUCGGACUGGUGGUACCAGAGAUAUGCAAAGGAUUCAACGGCUCAGGGUUCUCGCCCGGGUUUCAUGUUUGUUCUUGGGGGGCUGCUUCUUCUGCUUGCACUGGUCCCGGUGUUGAAAACCUUGAGCACCCAGCUGCAUUCUGCCCUGACUGGAAGUUACGUGCCCGGUCACCACUCUGUCAUCCUCAUCAACUGCCCCAAUGAACAGGUGGCCAGAGAUAUCGGCAGGUUGCUAAUGGAAAGGCGCAUGGCUGCCUGUGUCAACAUUCUUCCUCGUACUUCCACCAUGUACUACUGGAAAGGGGAGAUUCAGGAUGCCACUGAGAUCCUAUUGCUUGUGAGGACUCGUACAUCCAAGAUCCAGCCCCUCCACGAGUACGUCAGAUCUAUCCACCCAUAUGAGAAUCCUGAGCUGCUGAGUUUCCCUGUGGAGGAUGGCAGCCUGGACUACAUGAAGUGGAUCGAUGAAGCUGUUCCCGAGUCUCCCUACAUGCCCUCCUGAUCUACAAGAGACUGGUACAGGACAGGACAGGGCACUGCUGCUGCCUGCUCUGCUCUCUGCCACGGAAAAUAAACACUUCAGCAACGCUUCUGAGCAGCCCUCUUCCGGAAUGCUUCCUCUGGGGACCCACAGACUGUCAUGGAAGAUUCCGGAACUUGCUGCCCUGCUCUGCCAGCCAUGGGGAGCUUACAGCUGUGAGGGUCGAAAAAGUAUUCUAGAAGUCAAGACCUACGUAUUCUAGAAGCUUUGUGCCCUGCUCCAUCACGGUUGUCAUGGUGAUCUCUGUGGCACAGUAGGAGCCAGACUACCAGAGACUGGUGUGAAAUGGAUGCAGCAGGACAUUUGAGGGCUAAUCUGAUAAUCUGGUGCUAUGAGUAAUUCCAAACCAGGUCACUCGACUUUUUUUAUGAGAUAAUGGCACUUUGCCUGUGCUUGUACCAACAGCAUCAUCAUACUCAUUCAAUGAGUUUGUGUCAUAGUUUAGGCUAAAAGCAUUCUCUUCAGUCGACACAUUCCAUUCCAUUCCAUACAUUCACAUUCCAUAAACUCAUGUGCAUUUGGCCCUCGUGCCAAAUGCAUUAGAUUGACUCCUUCGCAUUCCAUUCUUUUUUUGGCAAUGUGGUCAUUUUCAUAUUUUUUUACAUUUUAAUUUUGUUGCAAUGUUUUAACAUUUGACUGGAUUUGAAUUUGUUAUUAUAGCCAGAGGCUUUAAAGAGUUUGAAUGUCAACACUGUUGACAGUUCAUUAUUUUCAGUAAUUUGCUCUUUGCAAAUACUCUGCAGUGCAUUCCCUUGCUGCUUUUUUUUUUUUUAAGUGGUGCUGUUCUGUGGAGCAGCGUAUUGAAUUUUAUUCAUGGUCAAGUUUUCAGUGCUCCUUUUUUCCAGUCAUAACUUUUCGUGGGGUAACACUUUACUUUACGUCGGCAUCAUACGUAUGACAUAACAGUGCCAUAUCACAGUCAUGUAUGUGUCAUAACCAUUAUGUCAAUGUUAUAAACAUUUUAUGACUUUGUCAUUAAGUGACAGAAGGUUAUGGUAAACACAGGCCUAACAAUGUCAACUUUUCAUGAUUAUGACUCAUCUAUGACUGUCAUGACACUGUUUUGACACUAUUAUGACACUGUUAUGUCAUACAUAUGACACCAGCGUCAAGUAAACUGAUUACAGUAUGAUGUUGUAUGGGUAUAGAAUAUUGAUACCUGAAGUCAUACGUCCUGCUGUUACCCCAAUGUUCAACAGUGUUCUCUGCUGGUUAAGGUUAUGUGUGGGCUAGUUCUCAUAUGUUUUAUGUUUAAGUUAAAUGACAGGUUUGGGUGUGAACAUGGCCAUGUUAUUGCUUAUAAAUCAAUUUGUGUUUUCCGCCAGGUGAUUUGUGCUCACCUGUCUGCAAUAGUCGUAAGAAGGAACAUCAUUCAUUAGGUUUAGUAUGCACACACUGUAAAACAUUGCUAGCCAGUUCAACAUAAAAAGGUACUGUAAGUUGCCCAGCUGCCUGAAGUUUUUGACAGGUAACUUAACUUGAGGAGUAACUCAACUCCAGGCUUUCUCAAGUUGAGUUAACUUAUACACUUAAGGCAGCAGGACAACUUACUUUUUUACGUUUAGAGUACAGUGCACUGAGAGUGACAAGUGUGGGCCAUCUCAUCCUUUUUUAACAAACCCCCUUUUAAACACUCCUAAAACUGUUUCCAUCGGAUCCGUCUUUUGUUUCUCACCGAUGUAUGAUUGUUUAUUUUUGUUCUGUUAUAGAUUGAUGAUUCAUGUGUGUUAAUAGUGUGUUUGUGUUUGUUUAUAUGGUAAUGUUACCAAAAUGAUGUUUUUCAGGUCAGGAUGACUGGCCAUGACACAAAACAUCCUCGUUAACUUACUAAAAUGUGACUCCCUACUUCAACAUUUUAAAGUAAUCUCAAUGUUGGAGUUGGUCCCUCGGUUAUGAGUUUAUAACAGAGUUUAAUCCUGAUGUGCUUUGAAUGUAGGGUGGGAAGGGAGGGACUCCAUCAGCAGGUUGUUUGGUUAAAGAUUGCUUGAAUGCAAAUAAAAUUCAGUAACACUUUACUUGACGCAAGCAUCAUAUGUAUGACAUAACAGAGUCAUCAUAACACAGUCAAGCAUAUGUCUUAAAGAAUAUGUCAAUGUCGUCAUUACGUGAAAUACGGCUAUGGUAAAGACAGCCCUAACAAUGUCAACUUUUUUUGACCAUAAAACGUUCAUGACA